UUUAAUCCAAAUCACAAAACCAACCUUUUAUCAAAACUCGGGGGGGGGGACAUGAUUGUUCUUCAAGUCAAGUGUGAAGUUUAAAAAUGGUGGACUUUAUCCAUAUAAAAAGUCGUGUUUGCCUGUGUUUGGAGUUGAAAUGCAUUUGAUAUGAAAGGUUAUUGAUAAGUCCGUCAUGUUGGGUCGCUGGAGUUGUAUUAAUCGUAGUCGAUAUCAUCGCUCUUUUGUAAAGUACUUGAGCAGCUCAUGGAAGUCCAGGACCGUCGUUCACAAGGAAGUUUCUGAGGCCUUGCUAAAGAACAAGCCAGUGGUAGCCUUGGAGUCAACGAUUAUCACACAUGGAAUGCCAUUUCCACAGAACAUCAAAACCGCUAGGUCUGUGAUUGAAGUUAUCAGACGAAAUGGUGUUGUUCCUGCAACAGUUGCUGUGUUAAAUGGAGAGGUUCACAUUGGUUUGACAAGAAGUGAACUGGAAUAUGUGGCAAAGAUGGGAAAAUCUGCCAUUAAAACAUCCAGAAGAGAUAUACCAGCUGUUCUCAGUAAGGGUUUAGUUGGUGGUACAACCGUGUCUGGCACAAUGGUUGCAGCUGCAAUGGUCGGUAUCCCAAUCUUUGUGACCGGGGGGAUAGGUGGAGUGCAUUACGGGGCUGAUAAAACGUUUGAUGUGAGUGCAGAUUUAACUGAGCUUGGUCAAACACCAGUCACAGUGAUCUGUGCUGGUGUGAAAUCAAUACUGGACAUCCCUCUAACACUGGAAUAUCUGGAAACUCAUGGUGUAACAGUUGCCACGUUUGGGGAUACUCUGGAUUUCCCAGCUUUCUUUACACCAAACAGUGGUCAUAAGGUUCCUUAUAAUGUAAAAACACCAGAAGAAGCUGCCUCAAUGAUAGAGUGCAAUAUUGAAAUGGGUUUAAAAAGCGGUAUGGUGAUAGGUGUUCCCAUCCCAGAAUCGCAUGCGGUCCUUGGAACCCAAAUCGAGGCUGCCAUUCAACAAGCCUUGCAAGACGCCAAAACUAAAGGUGUCUCCGGAAAAGAAGUCAGCCCAUUUGUUCUACAAAGAGUCAAUCAACUGACAAAGGGGAAAUCUCUGGAAGCCAAUAUAGCGCUGAUUCAGAACAACGCGCUGGUUGGCAGUCGAAUAGCUUUGGAACUGAGCAAGUUGAGAGACGUCAAGACUCUUGGCCAACCUCAAACGAUACCUAGUAUUUCUGAUGAGCUUACCCCGAAGACGGCGAAACAGCCGGUAGUUAUUGGAGGGUCGAAUGUUGACUUCACAGCAAAAGCAAAUUCUGAAAUCACGUUUCAUGGUGCCACGAACGUAGGAAGAAUUCAGCAAACGUUUGGUGGGGUCGGACGAAAUAUCGCAGAGUGUAUCGCUCGUGUUGGCCACUGCAAACCAUUGUUGAUCUCAGCCGUAGGCGGUGAUGACUUGGGUGAAAUGUUGUUAAGACAAUUAGAGUUAGUCCGCGUGUCAACCUAUGGGGUUCACAUCAGCAAGAACAGUAACACUGCCACCUACUCUGUUGUUUUAAACAACCAAGGUGAAGUGGUUGUCGGGAUUGGUGAUAUGGAGGCACAUGGAGAGAUUACAGCUCAGCUGGUGUCUGCAUUUGAAGAAACAAUAAGCAGCGCUCCUAUAGUAAUAAUUGAUGGAAACAUUGGAGAAGAGGUCAUUAACUAUUGUAUUGGAUUGUGUAAAAGACAUACUAUUCCUGUGGUUUAUGAGCCGACUUGUUUGAUGAAAGCAAAGAAGCCUUUUGAAACAGACGCUUGGAAGGACAUCACGUUCACCACACCGAACUUCGACGAACUUAAAAUAAUGAAUAAACUCGUCCAAAGUCGCUGACACGAAGAAGUCACGAACGAAUCCGAGAGUGGGCCGAACGGGCCCGAUGAUAUGCCUGACGAGAAGUCAAGACCUUUAGAGGAUGUACUUCGAGAAUGCGUCGAACUUUGUAGGCCAUUAAUGGAACAUAUUUCUACAAUAAUUGUGACAUUGGGGGAACACGGGGCGUUGGUUUGUAGGGACGUGCCUUUUGAUACCCCGUUUGUAGAAGACGGGAAAUUUGUGGGGGUUGGAAAAAGGAAAUUGAAUGGUCUGGCUUCUGCGGUAUAUUUCCCCGCCUACGGAAAUGAGAAGGAGCAAGUGGAAGUUGUUUCUGUGAGUGGUGCUGGGGACAGUUUAACGGGAGCAUUUAUUUCCAGUGCUCUGGCUGGUUAUACGCCAGAGGUUUGCGUGAAAGCAGGUCUCAUGGCGGCCUGGUACUCAGUCCAAGGCUCCCUGGCCGUGUCCGCGUCAGUCAUCCCAGAACAAUUUACUAUCGACAAGAUACAAUUUUGGGCUCCAUGGCAACCAACCACAUUGGAUAUUGAGGGAGGCGGCUAGGACAUCUAGGAGUAUCAAUGCAAAGUAUGGAUAUGAUGUGAUAGAUUCAUACUGAUGGGAUUAUAUAUAUGUCGGUGCUCUCCUAUUCAAAGGGAAAUUUGACCCUGGGGUGAUGUGUCCUACUUAUUGAGGGAAUGCAAAGACGCGAGUUUGUGCCAUCAGCGCAAAUGUUCGACUUUACAUGAAAAAAAAACAAGAAAAUUAAAUACUUUUAAAUGCUUUUAUUACAGUACAAUGUUCCAAGUCGUCAUUUUUAAUUUAUUCACAAUACCAAACACUGUAACUAUGGUAAUAAAAUUAACGUUUAUUUUAAACUUCGUGAUACUUAAAGUAGAAAAUUUCAAAUAAAAACAACUGUUUUCAAGUCA